UUGAGAACACCAGUCAUUUGAACAUUCGCUUUCUUUUAUUGCCAUUUAAAAUGAAUACAACAGACUUGGUAUCAAAAUCGGAAGAUGGCACACCUUCUCAUAAUUUUCACAAUGAAAUGCCCUCACAGAACACUUGGACAGAUGAAGAAACUGAAGAGGAAGCAAUGGAAGAUGUAUUGAAAUAUGAGGAUACACUGUUUCCAGUUUCCACUGAUCAACAGGAUGGGUUCAGCUCCGAUUCCAGUUGGGAUGAUGAAGAAAGAGAUUUUAAUGCUGAUGCUGAUAAAACACGGAAGAUAACCCAUGCUGAGAAAGUAAGAACUUUCAAAUUACGUAAGAAACUUGACCAACUUGAUUCUAUGAGACAGCAGAAGGAUCACGAUCUUCUUAAAGCAAGGGAGGAGCUGAGAGCUUGUCACAUGCGUAUUGCAGAGCUCAAGAGUCAACUAGAAGAAGUGGAAAAGCAAAUAUUGGAAGAGCAAAACUCUGAAAACAUAGCAGCUAUGUUUCGCCUGCGGGCUUUGCACAAAAGGCUAGGCAUUGAACUUCAAGGGGAAGAAGAGCUUGAGUCACAAAUUGCAAUGGCAGUGAAAGAAAAUGAGAUGGAGCAAUGUGAACUGGAAGUCCAGCAAAGGAAGUUUAAACAUGUACUGCAGGAAGUGCAGUUAAAUGAGGAAAUAAUUGAGAGGCAGAGGAACUGGGAGGCCACACAAAGGCUUCAGAGAGAGGAAGCAGCUCAAAUCAGGAAGCUUCGGUCUCAGAAGAACAUUAGAAGUUAUUAUAAAAUAAAUGUGUUUCAUUUUAUGUUACAGGACUUUGAGGUUGGAAAAUCCUAUAAAAAGAAAAUCUUAUUGACUAAUGUGUCCUACUCAAUCAAUUUUUGCAAGCUACUCGGCAUUAGUGAACAUCUUCAAGACUUCAUCUCUGUCCAGUUUACUCCACCAGGACCAAUGUCAGCAGGAAUGACCUGUGAUCUUGUAGUCAUAUUUAAACCAAAGAUUAAUGAAGAUAUGUUUGGAGAAGUUAAAUUUUUGGCACAGACAGGUGCAUUUACUGUUCCUGUAAAAUGUACUAUAAAGAAAUGCGAGCUUGCUGUCGAUAUCAACUUCAUUGACUUUGGGACCAAUGUGAUAGGCGAGACAAUUUCUCGGACCAUUACCCUAACAAACAGCGGAGCACUGGGAACACAGUUUCACUUAGUGACAACAUCAGGUUCUGGUGCUAUUCACCUUCUUACUGAACCACCAACUGUGGGAGAUCUGGAUACACAAGAUUUUGAAUGCUCCGAAAUCUCUUUUCAAGAGAGUAGAAGCCAAAAAGAUGACCUGGAGAUUUACUCUGAGAAACCCAGUCGGACUUCAAUGGUAAAAAGGGACUCUGACACAUCAAGCCGAACACAGAAAAUUCAAGAGAUGCCAAAUUCCACAGGUGAGGAAAUACUACAUGAAGCAGAUCCAACAAUUGAAAAUGAAUCUUUGAUGUCAGAACAGCCUAAAACUGACAGGACAGAGAAACUAUUGGUGACACACAGUGAACCAGUGAUUGUGGAAUGUGAUGAGAUUCAGAUUGAAGCAGGAAAUGGUAGAAAAGGUGAAAUUGCUCCAUAUGGCUGCAUCAAACUUCAAGUGAUUUUCACUCCAAUAGUCCCUGGUGAAGUACACAUGAGUUUUGAUAUUGUGUUUUCUGAUCCCAAUUCUAAAUCUAUUCCAAUCCAUGUUUGUGGAGUUGCAAGUGACAUGCCUGUAUGGGUGACAAGACCAAACAUUGACUUCAAGAUCUGCAUGUAUGACAGACUCUAUCAGGACAGCAUUUCUGUGCGUAGCAGGUCAAAUAUAUCAUUACAGUUGACAUUUGAAGUUUGCAAAGAGCUAAGAAAUCACAUGGAGAUUCUUCCUAAAACAGGAUUCAUUCAGGCACAGUCGACAUUUAAUGCACAGCUCAAAUUUCUUCCCAGACAGUCUUUAGCAGAUGAUGCAGAAGGUUACUUUGACAAGGAUACUGGAGUUUUGGAAGUGCCCAUGAUUAUCCAUGUAGCAGACCAGACCCGGGCUAUCCCUUUUGCUGUCCAUGCUGUGGUCACAACAUCUGAUCUGGAGUUCAAUAAGGCUGUACUGGAUUUCGGACACUGCUCCCUUUUUCACUCAGUUCAGUUCAGCAUUCAAAUAACAAACCACUCACUUCUCCCACAGGACUUUGGCUUUGUGCAGCUCCCACAGUGUAUAGAUAUCCAGCCAAAUGAUGGAUUUGGGACCCUUCUUCCGUUGGAAACCUUUGACUUGAAUGUUAUAUUCAGUCCUGAAAUAGCAAAGGAAUACAAGUUUGACUUAAUUUGUAAAUGUCUGACUAACAGGGAAUUCAAGUUGUCCUGCAUCGGAGUUGGAGUUCAUCCGCCACUGGAACUUUCCCACUCUCUGGUACAGUUCCGCGCUACAGCCAUUUAUGAUGCAAGCACUGUCAUAAUCUAUGUCAUCAACUCUCACACUAGUUUGAAUGAGCUCUCCCAUCCUGCAUCACUGGUUGGCAAAGGCGAGAUUGCACCUGUUGGACCAACUGCCUUUGAAUUUGCAGUUCCUGAACAUCUGGAUAUAACUGUUGCACCUUCUGUAGGAACUGUAAUGCCAGGCGAGAAAUGCCUAGUUCGUGUUACAUUCCGGCCCAAGAUAAGUGACCAGGCCAUCAAAGAAGAAGCUGUACGAAUGAUUCUCCUGGCAGAAGAGGGAAAGAUACUACAAGAGAAGACUGAAAAGGAUGAAUCAAACACCUUAAAAGCUGAAUCAGAAUCUCUGCCUUAUUCAGUUACAAAAAAAUCUACAAGACAAACUAGUCCUGUUACACCAGUACAAGCAUCAAAAGAAAAAACAGUCAAAACAAGUGGCACCCCUAAGUCAAAUUCCUCUCAAAUACCUUUUGAAUCUCCCAAAAUGGAAGACAUCCAGAAAGAUUCUGAUGAGUAUGCUGCAGCUCAAGCAUCUCUGAUUCGCUCUUUCAAAGACUCUGUCAGUACAUGUAUUAUCUCCUGCUUUGUUGGUACAAUUGCAAAUCCAAAUAAACCAGGUUCAAUACAGUAUAGUUCCAGUAAUACAUUGUAUAUGGAAGUACGCUGCCCUGCUGUUAAACCCCCUCUAAUUGUAAUUUCUAACCAAGGCAGAAAUUCACUGAAUUUCGGAGAUGUGGCCACUGGUCACACGCUGAAGAAAAGAAUUAGAGUACAAAAUAUCUCCCAUGAAACAGUGGAACUCAGUUCCUCUCUUUUUAACCCCUGUGGACCUUUUAUGUUGAUGAAUGCCCUCAGGCCUCUUCUACCAGGAGCAACUCACACCCUCUUGAUCUCAUUUACCCCUAUGGAAAACAAAAAGUAUUAUGAAACCUUGGAGGUUCAGACUAAAAAUGCAGCCCUAAACUUGAACCUAUCUGGAAAAGGAAUAUGUCCUGUGGUGAUAUGUUCAGUGGAGGAUGGUGUCUUAGAUUUUGGAUGCAUUCUUGCCAAAGAGAACACUUCAUGUUUUUUUAAGUUACAGAAUACUUCUCCAGUCACAACUGAUGUCUCUAUGAAACUGGACAGUUUAUCAGUAAGGUUACUUAUGGAACAGCAGGAGAUCCCAGUCUUCUUGACCCCAGGCAAAGAAAGAAAUUCACCUGUUGGAACGCAAAACUAUCAUGGACUGAGUGUCUUCAGUGUGUCGCCUGCAGAGGUCACUAUAGAGCCAGGAAAGACUCAUGAUAUUUCUGUGAUAUUCCAGCCAGACCAUGAAAGUUUAUAUUACUCUGACAGACUUCAGGUGGAACUUGGAGAUAAGGUAGCUCAUGUGAUAACACUGAAAGGGGCUGCAAGGAACUGUGCCAUGUACAUAACUGGAGGGGAUCCACUUGAUGUUCCAGUAGAAUCACUUGUCGAGCUCCCUACAAGAGAAGAUGCAGAAAAAGGAGAGGCCACUGAUGUCAUACCAGUCCUCUUGACACUGAAGACAACCCAAAAAGAGGAUACCCUGGUGCCGUUGCAAAGAGAGCUUGUAGUUGGCUGCCUAAAAUCUACACAGCCCACCAUAAAAAAGAAUGUGGAAUUCAGUUUUGAUAAUGUUCAGAGCCUCCAGCAUAAAGGAUUCACUGUUGAUCCUAGUAGGGGAACUGUUGAGCCUGGCCAGAAAAAAAGCAUCUCUGUGAUCUGGAUGCCUCCUAAUGGUCAUGAUCAAAGAUAUCCUGUUUCUGCCUCUGCACUGCUGACCCUUAAAGGAGAUAUAACUGAAAUAUACAAAGUGAACCUCAUAGCAAUUAUUGCGGAUGCCUGAAGGUGAACACAGCUUCCGAGGGAUUUCAUUAAGAACCUAUUGCUGAUCUGCUAACUGUAAAGUUAA